GGCGCUCCCUCCGCGGGGCCGCCGCCACCUCCCGGAGUGCGGGGCCAUGAGGUGGCCGCACCCUGCGGCGGGGGCCCGCGGGGCUGCAGCAUGAACGGUCCUUGCCUGGGGCUGCGCAGGGCCGGGGUUCUGCUGUCCCUGGGCGCCGCCGCCCUCCUGCUGUUGCUGCUGCCGCGGGGGCAGCGCCCCGCCGUGCCCCGCCCGCCGCCCGCCGCCGGGCCCAGCGUGCCCCCGCCGCACCGCGCGGGCCCCGAAGGCUCUGCCGGAGCGCUGCGCGGCGGGCCCGGGGCCGGCGGCCGUGGCGGAGGCCUCGCGGGUAGCUCGCAGCUUGCGCGGAGGGGCCGCCUCGGGACUGCCGGCAGCUCGGCCAGGGAGAGCCUAGAGCUGAAGGACAUCUUUAUUGCGGUGAAGACCACGAGGAAAUACCAUAAGAGCCGGCUGGACUUGCUCCUCCAAACCUGGAUCUCCCAGGCGAGGAGACAGACGUUUAUAUUCACGGACUGGGAGGAUCGGGAGCUACGCCUGAAAGCAGGGGAUCAUAUGAUCAACACCAACUGUUCCGCUGUCCAUACCCGGCAAGCUCUCUGCUGCAAGAUGUCUGUGGAAUAUGAUAAAUUCCUGGAAUCCGGGCAAAAAUGGUUUUGCCAUGUGGACGACGACAACUAUGUGAACCCUCGGACUCUCCUACAUCUCUUGUCUGCCUUCUCACACAGCCAGGAUGUGUACGUGGGGCGACCGAGUCUGGACCAUCCCAUUGAAGCAGCUGACCAUGUCCAAAGUGAUGGAUCAAAGACAACCGUGAAAUUCUGGUUUGCCACAGGUGGAGCUGGGUUCUGUAUCAGCCGAGGUCUUGCCCUGAAGAUGAGUCCCUGGGCAAGCCUGGGCAAUUUCAUUAGUACUGCAGAAAGAGUACGUCUUCCUGAUGACUGCACUAUUGGCUACAUCAUUGAAGGGCUGCUGGAGGUAAAGCUGCUGCACAGCCCAUUGUUCCAUUCCCACCUGGAAAAUCUGCAGAGACUGCAAGGCGAGUCUGUGCUGCAGCAGGUAACCCUGAGUUACGGUGACCCUGAGAACAAACACAAUGUCGUGAGUGUGGGAGGAGUGUUUGGCCUUCAGCAAGAUCCAACACGAUUUAAAUCUGUCCAUUGUCUGCUUUAUCCUGACACUAUUUGGUGCCCUGCUAAGAAGAUGUCAUAAUUCUUGACCAGCCACUGACACCUGUCUUAGCUAGUUUUCAUAAGGCAGGAUUUGCGGAGUUUUUUGGUGGUUUUAUUCUUCUUCUGGGAGACAACCAGUGGUAUCUACAAAGGAGGUAGACAAACUCUGUUUAGAAAAGCAGUAAGGUGUGGUUUGUUCAGCUGCAGCCUGGGACAUUCCAAGAAGAAUCUUUGUUCUUUUGUCUAGUGGCUCUUCAUAAGGUGACCACAGUGCUGUGUGUAUGAGUCACUUUCUACUUUCAUCUGAUGUCAUGUGAACCUGUGCUUGGGCACAUCUGAGGCAAAUGCAGUACUGGGAGUGAGAGUGUUUUUACUACCCUUAGGGGUUAUUAGAAGCCACUGUAUUGAAGCUGGAGUGCUAGAGCAGACUGUAGUCCCCAUGGUGACAAGAGAGGGGAAGUUUUCGCUCAUCUUUCUUGGGAACAGAACUAUUUAAGAGCUUCUAUGGCCUGACAGAUGAAAACUGCAGUGGGCUAGAAGAUAGAAAUCCUGGAAUCACUAGGGUAAACAGGGCUGAAAGCCUUUGUCAUGAAAAACUCUGUGUGAGGGUAAGCUUACUCAAGACUAGAUGAGUUGCUUACAAUGUACAUUCUCCCCUGUCAUCCAUGUGUACCUCCUGUGGAGGUAAUUGUCAGACCUGGCUCGCAUGCCAACUGAAUUGCAAUGGUUGAUGAUUAUGAUCUAUUCCCUUGAUAUUGAAAAAAAUAUUUGCCUGACAAGAUGGUAAUUGUUCCUCCCACUUGGCUGGUAGUUGGUCACAUGAGCUGGAGAAGCUUGUGCUGGCAAAACACGCCCUGUUUCUGAAGCAGUGUGAGAAGGGAGAAAUGCUAGAUAGCUGCAAUGCACCGAGGAGAGUUUUGAUGGUACCAUUUGAGGACCUUUAACUGUAUGAACAUGGUUACUUCAGCUUAUUCAGAUAAUCUUUUAAUUACCAUAAAGUCAAGAUCAAUGUUUGUUUUUAACUCCUUAAUAUUUCAACAAGUAGUUCACGCAGUCACUAAAAGGAAAUUGCACACUCACAAGCCGAAGUUCAGUGCUCUAGAAGUAUCAUCUGCUGCUGCUUUUUAAAGAAAGUAAACUUAGUUUUUAAAGUGGAA